ACUGGUGACAGUCGCCACCAUGGGUUGUGGCUCGAGCUCUAACCAGCCCUUGGCCACGGAACCACGGCCGGUUCCUAACGGCGAACCUGUCCUGCUAAACGUUCACCACAGGGGAGCUGGCGAUGGUGCCUCUGAAGUGCCGUCUGUCCCCGCUAUAGUAGAGCCGGUUGUGACUGUGACGUCCCCCUCACCUCAGCUGCCCAGCCGCUGCCGACUCACCGUGCUACACUUCAACGACGUGUACAACAUCGAGGAGCGGCCGAACACCGAGCCUGUGGGCGGGGCGGCGCGGUUCGCCUCCGCCAUGGGGAAAUACUGGGACAAGAACCCGCUCGUCUUCUUCUCAGGAGACUGCCUCAAUCCCUCCAUGAUGAGCAGUAUUACAAAAGGCAAACAGAUGGUCCCUGUCCUAAACUCACUCAAGGUUAAGGCCGCCGUGUACGGGAAUCACGACUUUGACUUUGGAGUUGACGAACUGGAGGACGUUACCAUGGAGACGAAGUUUCCCUGGCUGAUGAGUAACGUGAUUGACACGUUGACAGACAAGCCGCUGGCGGACGGGCUGGAGAAAACUGUCAUCGUGUGGGGCACAAAAAAGAUUGGCCUCAUCGGUUUAGUGGAGGAAGAGUGGCUGGUUACCCUGGCAACGGUGGACAAGGACGACCUGAAGUAUCUGGACUACGUGGAGGAGGGGAGGAGACUGGCUAAGGAACUCAAGGAGGAGGGCGCUGACCUUGUGAUCGCGCUGACGCACAUGAGAUGGCCCAAUGACGUCAGACUGGCGGAGGAGGUGGAGGAGGUUGACUUGAUCCUGGGCGGACACGACCACGACUAUGACGUCAGAAAGGUAAACGGGAAAUACAUCGUGAAGAGCGGGACUGAGUUCCGGCAGUUCACCAAGGUGGAGAUCGACUUCAUCGGCCCGAAGUUCGAGAUCAGCACGAUGCAGGUGGACGUCACCAGCGCGUACCGGGAGGAUGGGGAGAUGAAGAAAAUUGUUGAGGAGUUCACAGGUUUGAUGUCUGAUAAGACAGCCACCACGCUGGGGAGGAUGGAAUCUGAGCUGGACGGGAGAUUCGCCACCGUCAGAACUCAGGAGAGCGCUCUUGGAAACUUCCUGACUGACGUGAUGGUAGCCGCUACUCAGGCGGACCUGGCCAUCCUGAACUCAGGCACCAUGCGGUCCGACUCCGUCCAUGGCGCCGGGGACUUCACCAUCAAGGACCUGCUGACCAUCCUGCCGCUCAUCGACCCGCUGGUGGUCCUGGAGGCUACAGGUACUCAGAUCAUGCAGGCUCUGGAGAACGGAGUGAGUCAGUACCCUAAAACUGAGGGCAGGUUCCCGCAGGUGUCGGGCAUCGUCUUCGGGUUCGACCCCGAGGGACCAGCGGGCAGCAGGGUGGACCCUAACUCCGUCAAGAUAGACGGGGAAUACCUGGUGCCUGACAAGGUGUACAAAGUAUGCACUAAAGCGUACAUAGCACGUGGCAAGGACGGAUACGACGUGUUUAAGGACUGCAAACCACUGACGGAUCCAGACGAGGGCCCGAUCCUGUCCACUGUCAUCCAGAACCACUUCACCGCCGUGGACAUCGUGAAGGGUCUGAAACCCUGCCGGUCCGGGCAUCACCAGAGCCUCAUCAACGUGGCCAGCGUAGCAAAGUAG